AUGUUUGUUGCUAAUUCGGAUGAGGUUUAUUUUACCUUCCAUUUGCUUGAUGAAUCAACUCUGUCACACUUUGUGGUGACACAAUCGGGUUUAGCUCAGUAUGUCACCUGGCGGAAUCAUAGUAGGGAAUGGAGUCUAAUGGUAAUACUUAAUAGGUUAUACUGUGAUCGGUAUGGUAUGUGUGGACCUAAUGGAAAUUGUUAUGCAGAUGAUCCCAAUUGCAGGUGUUUGAAAGGAUUUACGCCAAGGUUACCACAAGAUUGGAAAAUGGUUGAUUGGGGAGGUGGUUGUAGGAGAAAAUAUGAUAUAAAUUGCAGUGGUAAAGAUGGAUUUGUGAAGUAUAAUAAGCUAAAGUUGCCAGAUAAUGCAGUUGUGUGGCCUAAUGUAAACAUUGAGGACUGUAAAACAGAAUGUUCGAAAAAGUGUGAUUGUGUGGCUUAUACUCUUGCUAAUCUUCAUGGUAAUGGAAGUAAAUGUGUCGUCUGGCUUACUGACUUGAUCGAUCUUCGAGAUUUUCCAGAGGGUGGGGAAGAGCUCCACAUACGUAUGGCACGUGCUGAAUUAGAUUCGAUCGCAGCAUUGAAGAGGAAAAAGCUUGUGAUCACAGUUGUUGUCAUUAACAUAUCAACACUUCUUUUAAUUCUUAUCUUGACUGGAGUAUGGUGGUAUGUGUAUCGGGCAAAGAGGAAGGCAAGAGGCACGGAAACAACUCAACAAGACCAGAAGUCAUACUUAAAUUUUCAGGAAGAAAAUCAAGAGGAAGACCUAGAACUACCUCUUUAUGAUCUAGCUACUAUUUUUGCUGCCACUAACAGCUUUUCUUUCAACAGUAAAAUUGGACAGGGUGGUUUUGGUCCUGUUUAUAAGGGAAAAUUACCUAAUGGACUUGAAAUUGCAGUAAAGAGACUCUCGCAAGAUUCAGGGCAAGGCCUCGGAGAGUUUAAGAAUGAAGUUAUUUUGAUAGCAAAGCUUCAACAUCGUAAUCUUGUUAAGCUCUUGGGAUUAUGCAUUCAAGCAGAAGAAAGAAUUCUAAUCUACGAGUACCUGCCUAACAAAAGCUUGGACAAUUUCAUAUUCGAUCCAAUUAAAAGAAAGCUAUUGCCUUGGAACUUUGGCAUUGCACGAAUUUUUGGAGGAGAACAAACAGAGGAGAAGACUCGGAGAAUUAUUGGAACAUAUGGUUACAUGUCUCCUGAAUAUGCAAUGAGUGGCCAUUUCUCAGUUAAAUCAGAUGUAUUCAGCUUUGGUGUCAUAGUGUUAGAGAUUAUAAGCGGCAAGAAGAAUUGGGGAUUUUAUCAUCCGGAUCAUGAUUACAAUCUUAUAGGACAUGCCUGGAAGUUGUGGAACGAGGGAAGUUGUCUUGAGCUCAUUGAUACAAUGGUGGAUGAAUCAUUAUCAAUAAAUGAAGUCAUAAGAUGCAUCCAGGUAGGUCUUCUAUGCGUCCAGAAAAGGAAAGAAGAUCGACCAACCAUGAGUUCUGUUGUUUUAAUGCUAAGUACUGAAAGUGCAGAACUGUCACAACCCAAAGAACCUGGUUUUGUAGAGACUUCUGUUAAAACUGAUUCAUCGUCGAGUCAUCCUACUUCUUAUACAGCAAAUGAAAUGACCAUUACCAAUAUCGAUGGCCGUUAA